CCUUAUAUCAAAAUUGUGAAUGGCACUUAAGAACCGUUAUGAAGAUGGCGGAUCUUGGAAAAAUACGUUUGUAAACUGAUGAAAUUGGAAACAUAAAUGUUAAUAUGGAUAAGGAUAAGGAAAAUAAACCAGUUGAUAUGCAUAGGGCAAUGCGCAUGUGGAUACACUGCAAUUGUUGUUUUGUGCACUUCGUGGAUCGCGAGAAUAUAUUAUUUUUAUUGGCUUGCAAUCAUUUCAUCUGUAAUAAAUGUGUAACCGCGAAAUUGGGACGCACUCCCGCAGAUGCUGCUACAUACACUUGCCCCAUCUGUAAAAGAUUGGUGCGAGCACGCGUGGUGAACAAUGCGUUGCCUAGAAAUAUCAAGGACUUAUUGCAUCCUUCACCAUGGAACGAUGGGCUGCAGCAUGAAGAAAUUGAUAAUUUUCAGAAAGCACAUCAAAAAAGUCUCGAACAGCAAAUAGCGAGAAAGGAAAGGGAAGUUAUUAAAUUGGAUAAGGAUUUGGAGUUGGCGCAGAAAAUCAUUCGUAAGCAUUACUUUGAUCACCAGCAGCUGCGUAUGGAACGCAAGCAGCUCGAGUUCCAGGUACAAAAAGUGCAACGUCAGGCUCAACUUCGCAAAGAAGAGGCAAAGCAGCGCAUAAUACGUCAAAGAACGACUUCGCCAAAUGAUAGGUUGGCGGCAUCCAGAAGAACAACAACAACAAUCAACAGUAUGCAGCAAAUAAAGCGAAAACGAUCAGAAUCUGUUGAGCCGCAAAAACAUCAAGAAUCAAACGGCAUUACCAGUUUUGUACAUUAUAAUAAUCAUUCAUUCGAAUUGUAAUUCUUUAUAAUACCAAUACUAUUG